UUUUCGCUGUUUCGUCGUCGUCGUCGUCUUGUCGGUCGAUUCGGUUCGUGACGGAAAGAUCCCCGCGAUCAGAAGUGCGUUCUUUUUUCCCGCAAAGGAUUCGUCUGGUCCUUGUUCCAACGACGAAAAAAUCUAGUCCAGUGGUCCGCUAGUAGUCAGCAUGUCUUUCCUCGCACGUAAUGUAGCGAGAAGCCUGGUGCAGGCUUCUUGCCGUGGAAUCCAUUCCACCGGAGCGGUUCAAAACCCAAACAAAUCGAAGGAGGGCCGGAUCACUUGCACUAUGAUUCCGGGCGAUGGCGUUGGCCCAGAGCUGAUGUACUCCGUUCAAGAGGUGUUCAAAGCUGCUGACGUUCCGGUAGAUUUCGAAACUUUCUUCCUAUCGGAGGUCAAUCCCGUUCUGAGCUCUCCGUUGGAAGAUGUGGUGCGGUCCAUUCGUAAGAAUAAAGUUUGCCUCAAGGGCAUCUUGGCCACUCCGGAUUACAGCCGCACAGGCGAGCUAGAAACGAUGAACAUGAAACUACGCAACGAACUGGAUUUGUAUGCAAACGUUGUGCACGUGGUCAGCUUGGAAGGUGUCAAUACCCGUCACAAGGGCAUCGAUACCGUUGUUAUUCGCGAGCAAACGGAAGGCGAGUUUUCUGCGCUUGAGCAUGAAACCGUUCCAGGGGUGAUUGAAUGUUUGAAAAUUAUCACCGCCCAGAAGUCAGCGCGUAUUGCCAAGUUCGCCUUCGACUAUGCUACCAAGCACAACCGCAAGAAGGUCACCUGCGUCCACAAGGCCAACAUCAUGAAGCUGGGCGAUGGUCUGUUUAUGAGGAAAUGCGAAGAGAUUGCCAAGCUGUACCCUCGCACGCAGUUCGAGAAAAUGAUUGUAGACAAUACGACGAUGCAGCUGGUGAGCAACCCGAAUCAGUUCGACGUCAUGGUUGCUCCGAACCUGUAUGGUAACAUCAUCGACAAUAUUGCAUCCGGGUUAGUGGGUGGUGCUGGAGUCGUCGCAGGAGCAUCGUACUCCUCCGAGCAUGCCGUCUUUGAACCGGGUGCGCGUCACACUUUCGCUGAAGGUGUCGGCAAGAACAUUGCCAAUCCCACCGCUAUUCUGCUGUGCUCAUCUAAGAUGCUGCGUCACGUCAACCUACUACCCUACAGCCAGAUGAUUUUCCAGGCUGUUCAGAACGUGCUUAAGGCAGGUAAAGUGCGCACUAAGGAUUUGGGCGGUCAAUCAACUACCGACGAUUUCACCAAAGCCGUCAUUCACAAUCUGCAAUAAAAGGGCGACAUCUAGCGGUGUUUACUAACAGUAAGACACCCAAACAACCACGCAUCUGUAUUAAACACUGCACCGUACUAAGUGCAAGCGACCACUUAAAAUCGUUAAUUAGCUCCCGCGAACGUUACUUUUAGCAACAUCGUGUAUACUCGUAUAGCGAUCGUUGAUUUGAUAAAAUCUUAUUUAUUAAAAUACCUACCCUCCUACCGAAAUAAAGCUCCAAAAGUGUCAUCAUUCGAAUAACCAAA